GUAGCGAAUCGCCCGCUCGGGUCGACAACGGUCAAACAUUUUUUUCAUUCAUGUUUAACAAUCAAUUUGUUGAAUUUUUGUUGGACUAACGAAUACUUCUAUUGUUGUGCAUAAACAAUCACCAUGAGAUUCAUUAGAAAUUUAAUGUCAAUUCGAAAUGGAUAUAAGUUACAGUUAUGAUAUGGCUCAUACUAACAAUGCGACCCCUUGCAAUUGGGAGUUAUCCUCCUUGAACGGCAAAUCGGAAUCGCCGGAUCAACAUUGGACCGGUGUCGAUCACCUAUCUGGUCCCUUGAAUCCACUCUGCAUCACCGACGCCAAUCACGAGAUCCUAAGACCAAAACCCAGAAGACUGUCAAGCAACUCCCGCAACGAAACCACAUAUCAACACUUAGAAACACCAGAUAGCAAUAAACUCACCAAUAAAGACUCGUCUAGAGUAAACACACCAGCCAAUCAGUCUUCACCUAAACCAACAUUUUCGCCAACCAACUCCGACCACCAAAACACGACGGACAGAAUGGUUUCACCUAAACGAAAAGUGGACCACAUACAACACUUGUACGUUGCAAAUAAUGUAAAGACUUCCUCCUUCAGCAUCGAGCAGUCCGAGAAAUCCAACCUGUCGAAUACCAAGAGUAAUUUGAAUAGUAGUCAUGAUUUAAACUCGAAAUACAAUUGUAGUCAUUCGUCCAUCAAUAUGGUGCCGGAAAGAGAUACAGGUCCCAAAAUGACUGCUGGUCAGGUGAACGCAGUGGGCAGUUCUAGGUUGCAAAACAAAUGCAACGGUGAAGCCAACGGUGGCGAAGAUACAAGGCUGAUGAAGUCCAGACCACAUCACCACGUCAGUGUUCAAGAGUUAAGGAUGCAGCAACACGCUCAGCACUGCAACAGUUCUUCGGAUGAAAACAGGUCGUCUGGGCACGCCAGUAUGUCAGAUACCGGUAAUAGUUCACCAAGGGAAAUAGCUAAUGCUGGAGCCGACCGUUUAACAGCAGGAGUACUGCAAAAACCUAUCAGAAACCGUACCAAUGUCCAAUACAACAGAUCCAGACACCGAGCAACACCCGCCAGAUUGCACGUACCUUGGACAGGAAGUGGAGGACUGGAAGACAUAAAACUUGCCCUUCAACAAUUAACCAUGAGAUCCCACACAAGCACUAGCACGUAUUCUAGCGUAAGCGCUGGCUCCGAGAGCUCAGAGCCUGCAAUGAGAAGACUGAUGAGACACUCUUCCUUGGAAACUAUCAAUACUAAUAUCACAAAUGCAGACGAGUUCGUGUGGGUUGACUCCCAUAACAGGCUUGUGGAGUUGCAACACUUACCAUGGACAAACCAUUGCAUUUUACGAGUGCUACAAUCAGGAAGAUGCAGAGAAUUCAUGUCCAGAGUGAGCGUGGAAACCAUUCCAAGGCUCUCAUAUCUAUUACAAAGAGCCUUAGUAAGAAUUGGCAGAGAAACUCAAAGACUGGCGUCCACUCUGGGCAUAUGCACCAAACACGACAUAACUUGCUCUUUCCGAAUUGUUUUGUGUCCCCCACUGGCCGAUUCUUGCAUAAAAGCAUGUUUAAGAGCGGCUGCCAUGUUAGCCAUGUCUGGAGACAGCACAUUAAAACAAAGCAAAUCAUCCAGGGCUGGGUUACAGUUACACGUGGGUCGGUUCCAUCGGUGGAUGACCGACGUGAAUCUAGCUAGAUUUGUUCAUGAAUAUGCCGCUGUGUAUUUGUGUGCGGGACUGGAAAACCUUUUAGAAGAAAUCCUACUGCAAUGCCUUCCAAGCGACUCCGAAGUAAACUUGACUGCAACUCUUUUAGAACAUGCCAUCGCUAAUAAUGGAGACUUGUGGGGUUUGCUCCAACCUUACGCACACUUAAACGCUGGCAGAAUAGCUUCAGGUGCUUUAGCUCUUCCCAGAUGGGCUUCAGUGUCCAGUGUUGGUUCGUCCAGUCGAGAUUCGGGAAGAAGUUCAGGUCCACCUGAGCCUUCACUAAUGACCACUUGUGUAGGCUCAUUGAACGAGCUGCAGGAAUUAAUUGGACGAAUGCACCCAAGAAUUCCUUUAUGUCCUAAAGCUGUAAGAGCUCUGUUCUAUUUUAUGAGAUGUUCUCAACUAGAACAUGGUGAACAAGGAGCAACUGCAGUUCAAGAACUAUGUUAUGAAAGGGCUUAUGUGGUACUUCCACCAUUAGUUGAGUGGUUAAGAGUAGCGACGGCACACGGAGAACAUAGAUUCGCUGCCAUUAUUGAUAAGGAUGAUAUUAUGCAAGCUGCUAGAAUAUUACUACCGGGAGUCGAUUGCCCCGUAAGAACUCUGGGCGAAGAAGCCGUUAGGGUUCGUAAGAAUACAGGCAAUGAGGAAGAUAUUGUUGAAGCUUCAAAACAGAUACAAAUUGAACUAGCGUUUAGACUUAUGCUAACUGGUACUGCCGAAUUAAUCCAACAAGCUAUCCCUUUGCUACCUUCUUCAACCAGAUUAGAUACUUUAAACUCUCAAGGUCAUACAGCGCUAAUGCUCGCAGCAAUACAUAACGAUGACAUAACUUUAACGGCUUUAUUGGACGCUGGUGCAUCAAUAGAUACAGAAACUCCCUCACCCAACCCUCCACUAUAUGCAGCAGUAAAUGGAGAAAAUCAACAUUGGACGGCACUAACGUAUGCAGCAGCUAAAGGCUACACAAGAUGUGCCAGAAUUUUAUUGGAAAGAGGAGCCCACGUUGAAGGAGGUGCAUUAUUAAGUGAAGAAAAAUGCACUCUAACUCCUCUACAAGUGGCUUGCGGAAGUGGAAAUGUAGACAUGGUGUCUUUACUUUGCGCUCACGGAGCUCACCCAUUCUUUUCCACGCAAAUUAAAGAUUCCCUGUGCUACUCAGCGUCCACACAAAGGGGUUGUUACAGCGCGAUUUCCGUUGCGGCAGCUCAUGGUCAUCGAGUUAUUAUUCAGAAGCUGUUGGCGCAACCUUUGGCUCCGGUCAGUAAGGAAAUAUUGUCUUUGGAGGAGAUGCUAGCUGAAGGGUCUUCAACAAACCAUUCAAAUCCUUCUAACACAGCUCCACAAUUUAACAAAACACAGAUAAAGGCUUUACAAGAAGCAAUGUAUCACAGUGUUGAGAACAAUCAUUUAGAUAUUACCAUUGAAAUACGUACUUUGGGCGUUCCUUGGACCUUGCACUGUUGGAUGCACUCACUUGGUGCAGCACAUGAAGCAAGAUUGGACUGUGUAAUCGACCAACUUCUUCAAGAUUUUUUGCAGGUGUGUCCUGACGACUACAGUUCUCAGUUCGUUCAGGAGUGUUUACCCCUUUUAUUUAAUAUAUUUAGAUAUAGCAAGAAAGAAGGAACUACCCUUCUUUUGGCAGAUAUCUUUUCAACGUGUUUCGGUUGGGAGCCAAUAAAGUCAAUAAAAGACUGCGCUCCAACGACGACUUCUGGUUCAAGAAUUGACCCCAAGUAUGUGAAUAAUCCCGAGUUGAGUGACGUAACAUUUCGCGUCGAAGGACGAUUGUUCUACGCUCAUAAAAUAGUUUUGGUAACCGCCAGUUCCCGAUUAAGGGCGAUGUUAAGCUCGAAACUUUGCGAUGGCGGCCUCCCCACCGUUCAGAUCAAUGACAUUCGAUACCACAUAUUCCAGAUUGUAAUGCAGUUCCUAUACCAAGGUGGUUGUCAAGCUUUAGAACCAGCUUCCGAAGACAUAUUAGAAUUAAUGGCAGCCGCCAACUUUUUCCAAUUAGACGGCCUUCUCCGUUAUUGCGAAACUCGUUGUGCCUCCAUGUUAGCCCUUGAUAAUGUAGUUUCCAUGUACAUUCACGCGAAAGUCUACAACGCUGUGCAACUAUUAGAAUAUUGCCAAGGAUUUUUGUUACAAAAUAUGGUUGCGUUGUUGACUUACGACGAUUCAGUUAAACGAUUGUUGUUCGCCAAGAAGUUGCCUAACCACGACGUGUUGGCGGGUUUGUUAAACACCUUGCAAAACAGGAUCAAGUCGAGACGAAAUCAGAUUAACUGCAAGUUAAGUCAGAAUGCGAAAAGUCCGGGCAAGAACUGAACAUUAGACUGGUGCUAACUUAGAAUUAGUUUUCUUGAAUAUCUGUAUUUAUUAUUUAUUUGAGACGUAUUUUAAAAUGCAAUGUUUUAAAUCUGAUUACAAAUUUGAAUAACUUCAUUUCAAAUCCAGUCAGUCGUAUUUUUUAUACUUCGUCUGAUUAUGUAACUACAUAUUUCCUUCAGUUGUAAAGGCAUAAUUCGCUUAUUUUACUAAGUUUUAAAUGUUUACUUUUACUGAUUAAUAUUCAUAAUUUAUAUAUUUGUUGUUGUUUCAGUUCAUAUCAGUAUUGGAGACUAAUUAUUAUAUUAUUUAUAUACUACUAUAUUUUUAUUAUUUA